GCUUUUGAUUUUGAACACUUGCAAACGGAACCAACCAACACGAUCUCUUAGGUUUGUGAUCAUAAGUGACUUUGACAAGCUUAGUUGAAAUUCACGGCGUUUAGAUUUCGUUUUUUUCUGAAUGUGGCCCCUUCUUUUGGUCGUUGCGGUGGCCGGAUCCACUGGUUUCGCCACCAAACACUUCCUUAGUAAUCACAGGAACACCGGUGAGGUUGAGAACGCCAAUAUCCACGAUCCAAGUGCUUUUACCUUUUCCAGUUCCGAAAGCGCUUCUCAGCGUGACGGUGUCUUUACGUUUUCCAGCUCCAAAUCUCUCACACAACAGGAUCGACCUAAGAGUAGAAGACCCCGAGCCUCCAAGAACGGAGUUAGGGCUCCGAAGGUUGAGGUGCGACCGGAGCAGAGGAACGGUGGAAGGAGAUUACGCUUUCUAUUAAAGAAGAGGGAAAUUUCGAAGAAUGUAGCUGCGAAGUCUCCGUUUCAUUGUUUCAAAGAUAACUCCUUGUUUGAUUGGGGAAUUUGCUUUGGCAUCAUGUACAUGAUGUCUGCUGGAAAAGCUGAGAUAAACAAGCUGAACGAGACCAUGAACGAGACAGCUAAGCUCGUUCAGGAACUGAAAUCUGAGGUCAACAACAGAAAAUCGUCAUGUGAUCUUCAAAAUUUGGACUCUGUUGGCAAUGGUGUUAGGAACUCUUCCAAAAUCAGAGGCAGGAAUGUAGCAAUGCACAAUAAUACAAAGAGUGAGCUUGAAGAUACUGAUCUCAAAAUUUGGAGUCCUGCUGUGAAUGACAGUGGUGAAUGUGGGAGUAGUGCUCUUACUGAAGAACCAGAACCGCAGGUUCUGGAAAUGGAUCAACUGGAAGCAGAACUUGAAUUUGAACUCCAAAAGCUUUCUGGGUGUACUACUGGUGCUCCUUGCUAUGAAGAAACCAAGCCAAACUUAAAUGAGUUUGAAGCUCCGGAUGAAGGCUAUCAUGGAACAGAUGACUGGAAUUUUAAUUAUUCUGAAUCUCAUGGAGUGUCCGCUUCAGAACUGCAUCAGAAAUUAAGCCACUUACUGAUAAAACAGCAAGAAAAUCAGAUCAUAGAGCUAGAAUCUGAACUGCACCGAACUCAAUCAAAUCUACGUGAGAAGGAAGCUGAACUCCAUGCACUGAAGAACUGUGUCAAACACCUUACUGAGCUCUCGCUAUCUACAGUUUCAGAUGAUGAAACUCAAGCUCUCACUGAUCCAAAGGGAACAAGCGAUUGUGACAACAAUAACAUAAUAGACUUUGAGUCAAAGCCUUCAAUUGUUGGGACGAAAAGACCUUUUAAUUCUGAAUCUUGGUCGUGAUACAUGUGAAACGACACUGAUAUUUGUAGGAAUAGAAUUGUACAAGGUAUAUACACUUUUUUAUCUGUAGUCAGAUAAAAGGGUAAGUAGUUCACAACUCCCAUCCUUAGUAUAACAUAAUUAUUAUGCCUUAUGUUGUAUAAAUUAUUUAGGUAGAUAUAGUUAUAGAAUACAGCAACUCGGUACUCGGGUAAUGUUCCAUUAGCAUCAAGUUGUCCCGUAUUCAUUCUUUAAUACAUGUAACUUGCUGAGCA